AUGCCUAACAUGAACAAACGGUUGAAGGUGGAUCCGGAGGUGAUUGAAAUCGAGGAGGCGAGCGAAGACAUGAGGAUUGAAGAUGUUCCCAAUGACGACAUCCCUGGCCCUUCCAACCGGUACAUUCCUCCACCGCCAAGCGUAGACCUCGAAAAUCAAGGUCUGAACAAUAACGGGAAUAUCGAAGAAUUUCGUGAGCGUAGACGGGCUAUUCUUGACAACGUAACUACAUCCUUGACGGAGAUGGAGAACGAUUACUACACGAUCGCCGAUUUAAACAAAGAACUUCUCCUUGAUCGUCAGGCUCGCCAACGCCUGAAGCGAGACAUCGACGAACUAGAUGCUGAAAUUCAGCAAAAAACUGCCAAGAAAGACGUCUUGGACAAUGCUUACAAGAAACUCUCCAAGAGGAUUGACGAGAAUGAAAAAUCGCUCGACAAGGCGCACGAACGAAUCCGAACAUUCGAAGUCUGCUACAAAAAAGUUGAGCCCAAGCCCGAAGAAAAACCAGGACAAGUUGGAGAGUUCGAGUGCCCGAUUUGCAAGGAGAUCUGUGGCACGGAGGAAAAGCACAUGGUGUGCCUUUCGAGCUGUGGCCAUCGAUUCUGCAAGGACUGCAUUGACAGAGUCCUAGAUGAUGCGCCUAUGAAUGGCCAAGCAGACAAUGCUCUCUUCAAUGGCGCAGGAGUCCCUGAUGGAGUAAACCGACGAGAUCAGUUACGACGAGAUGCAGAAGAGGUUCGACAAGAGAGACGAAGAUUGGAACAAGAGGUACGAAAUGCGGCCAAUCGUUAUCUUCUCUUUCGGCAACAAAGACCCGCUGCUGUCGUUCCUCAACCACCGGCUGCCCGUGCAGCAGGAGACAACAACGCUGCGGCCCCAGUGGCAAAUGUUGCCGUCAAUCCACCAGCAAAUCCUCCACCCCGCCAUAAUCUGUACUUUCCUCCCCAAUUUAACCAAGGACCGGCACACGUCGUGCGGGCUCGUGCAUACGAUCCCCGUUUCAACCAGCGCCUUUACAACAGGAAGCGCUGCCCAACUUGCCAGACAGACUUCAGCCGAAAUAAUGUUGUUCGUCUCUUCUAG